UUUUACAUUUCUACACUCACGGCUUACUUUGGGUUGGGAGUUUAUCAGCAGCCUCUUACUUAGAGUAGUCGAGCCGCCACAUUUUGACAUGGUAAAGACUUAUUUGGAACAGAGAGUUGCUUCGACCCCUUCAUCCUCAAGUACAAGGAUAAUUUCCCCAUUACGGAAAGCAAGUUUUUUUCGGAGAAAAACAAGAUGUCCUCCUCGUCGUAUCCGUCCUCUUCUUCCCGUGCUUUUGCUGCUGAAGACGAGAAGCAAGACGAGAAGCACAUUGUCAAUUUAACAAAAGAUGAACCUUCAGCGUCCACCCCGGCGGGAAAAAUGCAGAAGAAAAAGGACAGGGCCAACAUCAUCAAGGGUCUGCUGCAGCAUCGGCUCCAAGAGAUUGAUUCCCAGCCUUCGGAAAUCAUCCCGAACCUGUGGCUUGGCAGUGUGGGCGCGCUGGUCGGCGGCCGUAGUACUACGCAGGCAAAAGCUACAACUGCUAAUGACGACGUUGUUGGUUUUCGUCUAGCCGUUCCGCCGCCGUUUUUUACCCACGUGGUCAGGUGUGCGGGCGACAUCGUGAUAGGAAAGAAGAAAGAACCUCCUGCAGCUUGUUCCGAAGUAGACGUGGAGGGGAUCAUCGACGUCUUCACCAGUAGGAACGACAGCACUCCUGGGCAGCAGCUGGAAGUUGUGCAGAAUUCCGGUAGCUGCAGCAGUUCUUCUACCGCUACUUUUCCAACUACCUCGACCACCAAGUUCCUCGAUUUGAACAUGCGCGACGCCGUAUCCUGAGUAAAAACGUCCCCACCCCAGAGCUGUCAUGCAAAUCUGCAUGCCAGAAAAGUUUCUCAUGCGGAGCCCCACGAGAAGCGUUUUCUAGUCUUGCUCUGGAAAUUGUGAUGCCUACAAUCAGCAUUAUAUGCUAGAUCUGUGAUGCUGCUGCCCUACCUAAACCAGGACUACACUACGACGGCAAAGAACUUGUCAUGCGAAUUAACCAAAGCUGGUUGAUUUGUCUAGCAGGUUUCCCAUCUUGAUUGUGGUGUGGGGACGUUUUUACUCAGGAUACGCCGGCGAGUUUUCGGCUUUGAAAAACGCGCUGUUUGGAUAUGACUUGCUCAAACGUUACAAUCUCAAACGUUACAAGAGACUCUGAGGUUUGUCUUGCAUGAUCAACAUGACAGACUCGGACAACAUUCCACUUUCUGCAAUACAAAUUUCGCCAGAUUGUAGUGCGGAUUGGGACUCCAGAACUUGUCAUGCGCAAUCCUAUGAGAGUUGGCUAGAUAAUGCACUUCUUGCAACACAAAUUCCAGAUUCUAUUGUAACGUUUGAGAUUGUAACACCUGAGCGGGUUAUAUUGGAAAAGGCAGGGUGGUUUCACAGACAAGUACUACGGCAGCUGCAGACGACGAGGCGCUUGUAGUUCAAGAAGACCCUGCAGGUCGUGGCAGAGAUCCUCCAGGCACCAGCUCCACUACCGUGUCCGUUCUCGACUUCAUCGCGGAGGGUAUUUCUCCGUGCAACACGUGUUUGGUUUGUUGUCGACAGGGAAGGUCCAGAUCCGUCGUGGUCACCGCGGCGUUUCUGAUGCUGAGACAGCAGUUUACUCUUGACUCCGCACUGAAGCUGAUCAAGGAAAAGCGGCCGGUCGCGAGUCCAAAUGUCGGCUUUGUCUUGUGCUUGAGACAGCUAGGAAGAGAGGACUUCUGGGGUCAUGAUCUCGAGGCAGAAAAUAAAAAUGCCGGUGACGUCGACAAAAGUCGUUCGGAUAAAGAAAUAUUUGUAGAUGAGCUGCAUAAAACUGAACAUUUUGGUUGUACUACAGGUAUCUCAACUGUGCUUGUGGAUCUCAACGUUGAGACCUCACAGCUCAACGUUGAGAAAUAUAUCUCAACGACCAGCAGUGGUUUAGGGUUUCGGGUUUAG